AUGAAAUUCUCACAUUCUCUUCACUUCAAUGCUGUUCCUGAAUGGGCAUCCAAAUAUAUAAACUACUCAUCCUUGAAAAAAAUUGCGUAUAAUCUUCAAAGACAGUAUGUCCAGGAGUUGAAUGAUAAAAGUCUCGACGAAGAAAUCCAAUUUACAAGUGAUCCUAACGAUCCAAAGAACCCAGUAGUGGUGUUCUCUAAUGCCUUAGAUAAAGAGGCUGAGAAAAUUAACAGGUUUUUCCAACAACAGCAAGAAGAGCUAUAUUCUGAGUAUGAUUCCGUAUUGAGGGAAUUUCUAGAAUUUGAGAUUGAUUUCCCACAAAACGAAGGUGAUGCUCCAGUCCGUGAGAAGCUCAGGCGGAUAUUGAAAGAGUUAGUAGUAGAUUAUGAUGAACAAGUGAAAGAAUACUCACAUGCCCAAUCACAAGAAACUGUAGGUGAAGAAGUUGACAUGGACUUGCGUGACGAUUCUAUGUCUCCACAAGUUUCUCCUUAUUCACCAUCACCACCGGCUGCCGCAGGCGACUCUAACAUAAAUGCGGUUUUGGAUGAUGAAGAAUCACUUAAAUUGCAAAAAAAGAGGACCUUCACAACCUUAUUCUAUGAUGAUGAUUUUCAUGUCACUUUUCUUGAGGCCUUAAAAGUGGAAAAAAAGCAAUCAUUGUCUCGAGUUUUCUCAAAUCUAUCUGAACUGAAAUCCUAUAUUGAACUAAACAAGAUUGGAUUUGGUAAAGCUUUGAAAAAAUUUGAUAAGUUGCUUCAAACAAGCCUGAAGAAAGAUUACCUUAAGAAGCUAGAGACAGAUUAUUAUGUUUUCAGGCAAUCUACUUUUGACGAUUUGAGUGGUAAAAUUAACAAUAUAGUAAAAUUGUACUCUUUAUUUACGAGAGGUAAUGAAGAGGAGGCAAAAAUAGAGUUAGGUACCAACUUGAGAGAAAAGGUCGUUUUUGAAAGAAAUACCGUUUGGAGAGAUAUGAUUGGGAUGGAGCGGAAAUCACAAGCAGCAUAUGCAAAACCUAUCAACGCAUCUCUGGAGUCUAAACCGUGGAGGAUCAAACUUGGUGCUGGAAGGGAAAUAGUAAUCCCUAAGGCCAUUUCCUCAGUAAAAUCAAUCAAACUAUUGAUAAUCACAAUCAUUACUAUUAUAUUAUUGAACAAAUCACCGUUUGAUGAUCUACAACAGAAAAAUUGUUUUGCCGUACUAAUUUGCUCAUCCCUAUUAUGGGCUUCCGAAGCAAUUCCCUUGUUUACAACGUCCUUGGUUUUGCCAUUCUUGCUCGUCAUAUUGAAUGUACUCAAAGAUCCAGUGACUGGCGAAGUGUUAAAUGCGCCUGAUGCCUCAAAAUUCAUUUGUUCUGCCAUGUGGUCACCUAUUAUUCUUUUGCUUUUGGGCGGGUUCACAUUAGCAGCUGCAUUGUCAAAACAUAAUUUAGACAAAUAUGCAUGUACAUUCUUGCUUUCAAAAGUUAAGCAAAAACCAGCUCCCAUUCUAUUUGCAAUCAUGACAGUUUCCACUUUGGUUUCUGCAUUUGUCUCCAAUGUUGCAGCACCUGUAUUGAUGUACUCCGUUGUUCAACCAAUUUUAAAUACCUUAAAUGAUACUACUAUUAAUGGCAAGAGUGUAAAGAACCAAUUUGCACAAGCACUAGUUUUGGGUAUUGCAUUGUCGUCGAGUAUUGCUGGUAUGGCGUCUCCUAUUGCAUCUCCUCAAAACGUUGUUGGUUUACAGUUUAUGGAUCCACAACCAAACUGGCUUCAGUGGUUUGCUGUCUCAAUUCCGGUGUGCGCAUGUUGUCUAGUGAUCAUAUUUGGAGUUUUGAGAUUGGCAUUUAAGUUCAAAGAUGUAACAAUCAUUCCAAUUAAUCAACACAGUGAUGAUUUUAAUAGCCAGCAAUAUUUUGUUAUAGCUGUUACAUUUGUAACAAUUCUACUUUGGUGUCUUGCAUCGGUAUUGGAACCAGUUUUUGGGGACAUGGGGCAGAUUGCCUUACUAUCGAUGGUUACUUUCUACGCUACAGGCUGUUUAUCCCAAGAAGACUUUAAUAACUAUCCAUGGACUAUUGUAAUCUUAGCAAUGGGUGGCCUGGCCUUGGGUAAAGCAGUUACGGUUUCCGGAUUACUUGCUACUAUAGCACAACUGAUCCAACAAAAACUGAAGAAUUCGGAGAUGUUCACCAUUUUAGCCGUUUUCGGUUUCAUAGUUUUAAUUAUGGCUACAUUUGUGUCCCACACAGUUGCGGCAUUGAUCAUUGUACCAUUAAUUGCAGAAAUUGGACGUGCCCUACCAGAUCCACAUCCUAAUAUUCUAGUCUUUGCAACUGCCUUGAUUUGUUCCUGCGCUAUGGGUUUACCUACUUCUGGAUUCCCAAAUGUCACAGCUAUUGGAUUAACAAAUAAUGUUGGCGAGAAGUAUCUUGAUGUUGGGACAUUCAUUCGUAUUGGUGUACCUACAAGUAUUGCAUGUUGCACAGUAGUAAUCACGGUGGGAUACUUAUGCAUGAGUUUAAUAGGCGUCUAA